GUCAUCCCCAUAACCAGAAAACCGCGUCUCCCUCUCUCCCUCUCUCCCCUCUCUGCUCUCUCCAGAGAGCGAGCGAGCGAGCGAGCGAGAAGAGCCUCAUCAAACUAUUCCGCGGGUUGAUUUUUGAUGGCGGAAUAGUAAGAGAAACCGUGUUUUUUUUUUUGCUAUGGUAUUCGUCUGUGUUUGCUUGCCCAUUAUUCAUUGACCCUUCUCCUUCUUCUUCUUCUUCUUCUUCAUCUUCCUUCUUCUUCCAUUAAAGCCUAUAGAACCAACCUUCCCAUCAGAAAACGAACAAUCUGUCAAUGCUCUGCCUCUCAUAUAGCCUUCUUCUUUAAUCGGAACCAGCCCAAAUCCUCCCCCUUCUCCUCCAUUAACGCAACCUUCGCCUUCCCCUGCACAGCCCCCAACAGCAACCGCUCCCUUUUCUGAUAACGGAAGAACCCAUCACUGCAACUGAAACCGCCAUGACCCGAAACCCCGUCGUGCUGUUCCUCAUCCCCCUCCUUGUCUUGCCGUCGCUCUGCCUUGCCAUUCGCCCCCUACAGGCCAGGGAUGGUGGGGCUGACCCGGGGUUCCGUUACGCCGAGGCCCCCGGGUACCGCAACGGCGCGGAGUGCCCUGGACUGUCGUCCUCGUCGGCGGCGGGAGGCCGGGAGUUGGAGGUGGUGUCGUACUGCGACCCUUCCCUGGUCCACAUCGCGAUGACCCUUGACUCCGAGUAUCUCCGGGGGUCGAUCGCCGCCGUCCACUCGGUUCUCCGCCACGCUUCCUGCCCGGAGAACAUAUUCUUCCACUUCAUCGCGGCGGAGUUCGACCCUGCCAGCCCCCGGGACCUGUCCCGGCUGGUCCGGUCCACCUUUCCGUCGCUCAACUUCAAGGUGUACAUCUUCAGGGAGGACGCCGUCAUCAACCUCAUCUCCUCCUCGAUACGCCACGCGCUCGAGAACCCGUUGAACUACGCGCGCAACUACCUCGGUGACAUCCUCGACCCCUGCGUUGACCGCGUCAUUUACCUCGACUCCGACGUCGUCGUCGUUGACGAUGUCAGGAAGCUCUGGGACACCAGCCUCUCCGGCGGCCGCGUCAUCGGCGCUCCCGAGUACUGCCACGCCAACUUCACCAAGUACUUCACCGACAACUUCUGGUCCGACCCUGUCCUCUCCCGGGUCUUCGGGUCCCGCAGCCCCUGCUACUUCAACACCGGCGUCAUGGUCAUGGACCUCGUCCGGUGGCGCGACGGCAACUUCCGAAAGCGGAUCGAGAACUGGAUGGAGGUCCAGAAGAGGAAGCGGAUCUACGACCUUGGGUCCCUCCCGCCGUUCCUGCUGGUUUUCGCCGGGAAUGUGGAGCCGAUCGACCACCGGUGGAACCAGCACGGGCUCGGCGGGGACAAUGUGAAGGGCAGCUGCCGGUCUCUCCACCCGGGCCCCGUCAGCCUGCUCCACUGGAGCGGCAAGGGGAAGCCGUGGGUCCGCCUCGACUCGAGGAAGCCCUGCCCGCUCGACUUCCUCUGGGAGCCCUAUGACCUAUACAAGCCGGUGAGAACUCUGCCCAGGGAUCGCACCGCCCACAUAUCCUCGGCAUGGAUCGGGUACUCGAGCUACCUGUUGUGAUUGAAGUAUUUCGGUCCGGCGAUCGGACAAAUGGCCGUGAAUCCAUGAUUAGAAUUUCAUUACAUUGAUCAGAUUCUUUGAUAGGUCUGUACAGAUUGAGAGAGAGGGGGGGGGGGGGGGGAAGAUUCAUUCAUGAAAUUGAUUCACUUUGUUUCUUAUAGAUUUUAGAUUUCUUCAGAUUCGAUAUCGAAUUGUCGAGUUCCGAUUUCUUGGAACAAUUUUGAGCCUUUGUAACAUUGCAGCACAUUGUCAUUGAGGAAACAAGCAAGAAUAACAAUUGCAGUUCUUCUUCCUA